GUUAUAAUAUGCUACUUGGCGUCUUAAAUUCUGAUAAUCUAACCUAAUUUUCAUCCGGUCACCGGUCACCGGUGCUCAUAUUAUAAUAUUCAGCAGUAAUUUAAACGCCUUACAUUUUCAAUUCAAUAAACAUUUUUAGUGAUUAAAUUUGGUACCUAAAUUCACUGCUUAAUUACAACCAGAAUAAACAUGAGGAUGCUAUUACCAGAURAACAAAUUCAUGUAAUUGAUAAUAAUGGGACUGUUGAAAAAAUCAUCAAGGAUAUAGUUAGAACAAACAAAAUAUCAGAUCCAUUUUACAUAUUUGAUGUCGGUGAUCUUGUGAAUAAAGCAGUAGUUUGGCAGGAAACGUUUCCACGUAUAAAACCUUUUUACGGUGAGCAUCCAAAAUAA